AUGGCUGAAAUUAAAGAAGCGAUCCUGCGGAUAACGGAGUUACUUCAAAAAUUGGCGGAACCAGCUCCAGCACGAAUCAAUACCGAACAAGUUCUCGAAAAUCUUGCAAGCAAUAUUACCGAAUUUUCGUUCGAUCCCGAAAACGGAAUCACUUUUGACCGGUGGUACAAUCGUUACAAGGACCUUUUCGAACAUGAUGCUGCGAAAUUGGACGAGCCAGCAAAGGUACGACUCCUGUUACGAAAAUUGGACACGCCUUCGCACACCCGGUACAUCAAUUUCAUCCUUCCGGAAGAGCCAGGCAUGAAAAGUUUUGACGUUACCAUAGCAACGUUGAAGAAAAUUUUCGGCACACAGACAACCGUGUUCAACAAACGUUACCAGUGUUUACAACUAUUGAAGUCCGAAGCAGACGACAUCAUCAGCUACGGAGGGAGGGUGAAUUGCGCCUGUGAAGCUUUCGAAUUUGAAAAACUUACGAUAGACCAAUUCAAAUGUCUGAUUUUCGUUUGUGGUCUCAAAGCGCCACGCUAUGCAGACAUACCCGUUAGACUACUUUCCCGCAUUGAAACCGAGACAGCUGAAGUACCAGUAAAACUUGAAAAUCUUAUCGAGGAGUAUCAACGACUGGUCAAUCUCAAAGCGGACACCACAUUAAUCGAGCAACCAUCAAGCUCGAAGCAAACGGUGUACACAGUUCGUGAUAAAGAUGCUUCGAAGAAUCACUCAACGGCUGGUAAAUCUCCACGCACACCUUGUUGGCAAUGCGGUCAAAUGCAUUUCGUUCGCGAUUGUCCGUUUUCGAGUCAUCAGUGUAAGACAUGCAACCGUGUUGGCCAUAAGGAAGGCUACUGUAGUUGCAUUUCCAAGUCAGCUAGCAACUCUAAGUCAGAACAAGAGGGAAAAAAGCAAUACAGGAAAAAGGGAAAGAAAGCCAAAUCAAGAGGAAUUUUCGUUGUGAAUCAAGUCGCUCACCAAUCCAGCAAGCGGAAGUUUAUACCGAUCAGCAUCAACGGUGUGAAAACCAAACUUCAGCUCGAUACAGCAAGCGAUAUCACGGUAAUUUCGAAGCAGACCUGGAACAAUUUGGGUAAACCUGCAAUCAAUAAUCCGACGAUUGAAGCAGUCAACGCAUCAGGUCAGCCACUUAAACUAAUCGGCGAGUUUCAGUGCGAAAUCCAGAUCAACGGUAAAACCUAUCAAGGAAGAUGUUUCGUCACAACGACUCCAAACCUCAACCUUCUGGGCAUUGAUUGGAUAGAAAUGUUUGGACUAUGGUCAGUUCCCAUCGACUCAAUCUGCAAUCAAGUACAAGUGAAAAGCGAUCAACAAAUUCUUGAAUUCCGAGCGAAGCAUGCAGACGUUUUCAAAGACUCACUUGGACACUGCAAGAAAAUGACGGUAAGGCUUUUUCUAAAAUCAAAUGCCAAACCGAUUUUCUGUCCAAAACGACCUGUUCCUUUCAAUACGAUAUCAUUGGUUGAUGCCGAGCUUACGCGACUGCAAUCGCUGGGCAUCAUUGAACCAGUCGACUUCUCCGAAUGGGCCGCUCCUAUCGUGGCAGUGCGCAAAUCUAAUGGAAAAGUUCGCAUCUGCGCGGACUAUUCAACUGGGCUCAACGAAGCACUGGAAGCUAAUCAUUAUCCGCUUCCUACUCCAGAGGAAAUUUUCGCCCAACUUAAUGGCAGCACCGUUUUCAGUAUCAUCGAUCUCUCAGACGCAUAUCUACAACUUGAAGUUGAUGAAGAAUCAAAAAAGCUUCUCACCAUCAAUACGCAUCGUGGUUUGUUCCAAUUUAAUCGCCUUGCUCCAGGAGUGAAGUCAGCUCCGGGAGCAUUUCAACGCUUGGUCGACGGAAUGAUCGCGGACAUACCAGGAGUUCGCUCUUUCAUCGACGACGUCAUCGUGUUUGGGAAGGAUAUGAAGUCGCAUGCAGCAUCACUCAAUCAGCUUUUUCAACGACUCAAGGAGUAUGGGUUUCAUGUUAAAGCUGAAAAGUGUAGGUUUUUCCAACCACAACUUCGUUAUUUAGGACACAUUGUGAAUAAUCAAGGCAUCCAUCCAGAUCCUGAGAAAGUGAAGAGUAUUGCUGCAAUUCCACCUCCAACCAACAUCACCGAACUGCGUUCGUAUUUAGGCGCCAUCAACUUUUACGGAAGAUUCGUGCGUAACUUACACGAACUGCGUCAACCGAUGGACCAAUUACUGAAGAAAGAAACAAAGUGGCGGUGGACUCCUGAGUGCCAGAAAGCUUUUGAUAAAUUCAAGGAAACGCUUCAAUCAAAGUUACUACUAACGCACUACGACCCGAAGUUACCCAUUGUUGUGGCUGCAGAUGCAUCAAACACCGGAAUUGGGGCAGUCAUCUUUCACCAGUUUCCAGAUGGCAAAAUGAAAGCUGUGCAACAUGCUUCAAGAACGCUUACACCGGCAGAACGUAACUAUGGACAACCUGAAAAGGAGGCACUUGCGUUGGUUUAUGCAGUAACAAAGUUCCAUAAAUAUUUGCUUGGACGUCACUUCACAUUGCUGACUGAUCACAAGCCGUUACUGUCCAUUUUUGGUUCCAAGAAGGGCAUUCCACUACACACUGCAAACAGGUUGCAACGCUGGGCACUCACAAUGCUGAACUACGACUUUGAAAUCCACCAUGUUUCAACGAACGAGUUCGGAUGUGCAGACCUGUUAUCCAGAUUGAUUGAUCGAACUAAACAACCAGAGGAAGAAUAUGUGAUUGCGGCACUCACCCUAGAGGAGGAUCUCUCAAGCAUUCUAGCUGAUGCAGCAGAAAAAGUUCCUGUCUCUUUUGCAGCACUCCGGAAGGCUACAUCAACAAAUGCUGUACUACAAACCGUUGCUAAACACAUCCGCGACGGUUGGCCUACAUGCUCCAAAAGUCUUUCAGCUGAAGUUCAACCUUACUACAACAGACGUGAAGCAUUUAGUUUGAUCGACGGUUGUGUAAUGUUCCAUGACAGAGUGGUAGUUCCAGACAAGUUUCGACGGCAAAUUCUACGACAAUUUCAUCGAGGUCAUCCCGGAAUGAUACGAAUGAAAGCAAUUGCACGCAGUUUUGUCUACUGGCCUGGAAUUGAUGGCGAUAUUGAGGAAUUCGUUAAACGCUGCACUCCUUGUUGCAUCGAAGGCAAAGCACCUACGAAAGCAACUCUAGAAUCAUGGCCUUCACCAUGUCAACCAUGGUCCAGAAUCCACAUCGAUUACGCUGGUCCUGUAGAUGGUAUUUAUUUUUUAAUUAUUGUCGACCCGUUCAGCAAAUGGCCCGAGGUAUACACAACGCGAUCGAUAACGGCAAAAACCACAAUCAAAUUCCUAAAUCAAGCUUUCGCUACAUUUGGAAUUCCUGAGGUGGUCGUUUCAGACAAUGGUACACAAUUUUCUGGGUACGAGUUUCAACAGUUUUGCAUACGCCUGGGUAUACAACACAUUCGCACUGCACCUUACCACCCACAAUCAAAUGGUUUGGCAGAACGAUUCGUGGACACCUUGAAACGCAGCCUUCGGAAAAUUCGUUCGGAGGAAAAAUCAGUGGAACUAGCAUUGCAAACCUUUCUACAAGUAUACCGCACAACACCUACCCAGGAUGAGAAAUCUCCGGCGGAAAUUAUGUUCGGCAGAAAAAUACGAACCAUUUCAUCGUUACUUCAGCCGAGUGAACAGCCAGUUUCGGCCUACAAUCCAAAGGCGGAAAAGCAAAAUGAAGCCUUCAACAGAAAGCACGGAGCAGUUCGACGCAGUUUCAAAGUUGGUGAAUUAGUGUUCGCGCAGGUUCAUCGAACUAAUUGCUGGCAGUGGGAAGCAGCUAAAGUAAUCGAAAGAAUUGGUAAGGUGAACUAUAACGUUCUUCUCGAAGAUUCUUGUCGAUUAAUUCGCUCACAUGCGAACCAAUUGAAGAUCCGGCUUCCAGUUAAAGCUAAUCAUCCUACGGACUCGACACCGCUAUCGAUAUUUUUGGAUAACUUCGGCCUAUCGGAUCGUUUAGUACCAAAUGCUACGUUGAACGCGAAUGUUCCAGAUCCAGUUCAAGUGGAGCCAGUUUUGGAAUCGGAACUAGAUGAAACGGAAAACCCUUUCGAUGCUGAGCUCGACGAGUUAUUAGGGAACACCGAAGCUCAAGAUACUAUUGCUGUUAGGAAUCAACCACAAGCUCAGGAAAAUUCCGACGCAAUGUCUCAAGCUUCUGAUCGUGAACGGCGAUUUAUCCAGUUACCUGCCCGGUUUAAAUCCUACUGGAUGAAUUAA